UUUUCUCUCUACCGCUCUCCUGUUUCUUGUUUCAUUCAAUUCAAUUCAAUUCAAUUCAAAUUCUCAGUUUAUCUCACUUUUUUUUUCUCUUUCACCUAUUCACACUCUUCGUCAUCCACUAUCUAUCUGCAGCACUGCACUUACAGAUGCUUUGCUUAUAUACCACAGGCCCCCCACAUUCAUGCUUGUGGUCCUAUUCUUUCUAAUUUCUUUGACUUAAUUUUUACAUUUUUAUGUCUGUUUCCACCAAGAAUCGACCCAGCACUGUUGGUGGCGGUGGACAAAGCGGCGGCGAUGAAGGCGUCGGUGCCGUUGGUGGUGGUCGGUGUAAGGAAACGGAUGAUUCAGAAGAGGAAGGUGAUAACAAUAAGGAUUUUGGGAAGAAUAAGGGGAAAAGGGUAUCUUGUUUUCGGUUUAGAAAGGUUAAAAGUAUGUUUUUGAGGAGGAAACGAAAAGGGGUUUCUGGGAAUUCGGAGAGAAGAAGGGAAUUAAGUGGUGGAGGAAGAGGAGGGUGUUACUUGUGCUUGAAGAGACCGCUGACUUCUGAUUCAGGUGGUGAAUCACAAACGAGUGAUCCUAAUAGCCCCAAUUUUACUUAUGAGAUGUUAAGAGUUUUUAUUGAGAAGAAUGAUUUUUAUUCCAAUGAAUGCAACCCCCAUUUGGAUGUAGAAUCUAAGCCAUGCUCUAAUCAAGAUGAUAAAUGAAAUGUGAUUAAAAGAAAAGGAGAAUUUUUGGAUGAUAACACAAUUUGAUUCCUGUUCUGCAUUCUGGGUGAGUAUAAAACUCUGAGGUUUGGAAAUGCCAAUAAUUUGUGCAAUUGAGUAUCAUGGCCUAGUAGUUCUUGGUUUGUUUUGCGUCAUUUAGCAGUCAAAACACUAUAUUUGAACUCGAGGCUCGAGGGGGUGAAAUAAUUCUGUAGUUUUAGUUUGUGUUUAUUGUUUCUGGUGUAUGAUUGUCAUUUUGUGGAGCUGAAAAUCAUUUAUAUCAGAUUGAGAGCAUAGCUGUUAGAAAUUCGGAAUUGCAAUCCGAAGGAAAGUUACGUUUCUGGCUAAGAUUUUUGACUUUGGAAGAGAACUUUUCAGAAAAUGGAGUGUAUUUGGAUUUUUAUUUGAACAAGAUCGAGGAGAAGCCAGAGAAACUAUCCAUCCAAUUGCUCUGCGGUGGAUGGCAACUUGAGUACAAGGUAUAGAACUUGAUUGAAUGAAACAUUCUUUACGCAAAUGAAUCAGAUUUUGAAAUGAUCACCUUUUGUGGUAACCAUAAUCUUGUAAGGUUCCAUGUCAAUUGUGUUCAUCAUUCAAUUUUUAGAGCCAUAAUUUGUAAAGAGUACCGGCCACAGUUCACAUUGUAUAUGAAGGUGUAAGCAUUGCAUAUCUAUGUAUUAUGUGAUUGUAUUUGAUGUUAAGCUUUACUUUGAGAAA